AACACAGCAACAACAAAAAAAACGGUAAAUUAGGCAUUUUUUAUAGUUCAAUAAAUUGUUCAUUUUAAUUCAUUCAUAUCACAAACUAUUUAGUGACUUUUCUUUUACUUUUUGUUUCUUUUACUUUUACGAAUAUAGCCUACAGAAUGCUUGGCUUGCUAUGUUAUGUUAAUAACCAUUCGUAAAUAUUAUGUUUAGACUUUGACCUAGCAGACUAUCAGAUACGUUUUUAUUUUAGGCAUUGUUGAUGUUGCAUAGUAUUGCGUAAUGAUAGUAUAAUAAAUCUAUUGGCUGGAAUAAUGACGUUACAGCAACAGGUGAUGGGCGUGGUCUGAAUGGAUACAUUAUUGAUGGACUACCCCUUGAACCAAUCGUUUGCUAGAACAUGAGCAGGGUUUUCCACAAAUUGCACUGCAGUAUUAUUCUAUGGGAAUGAAACCGUCUAGUAAAAAUAAUAGGACGCUGCUGACCGCGCGACAGUCAUCAGAAGCUCUGUAUUGUGAACAUUGGAUAACAUGUUACUGGACCUCGUGAACACAGUUCCGCGUAUUCAGAGUGGAUAGAUGUCACUGUUGUCUUCUAAUUGGAAUAUAAUCAGUGCCAAUCAUCGUUGGAAAAGUAGCCCAACCCUUUUAUUCCACCUGUUGUUCCCCACAUGAGAAAAGAUGGGGAAUAGAUUAUCAGAACCACAGACCUUCCUCUCAAGAAUCCCCUUCUUUCAGUCAUUCCAUAUCGCCAUUUUGGGACUGGACUCUGCAGGUAAAACAACUGUCCUGUACAGGUUGCAGUUCAAUGAGUUUGUCAACACAGUGCCUACCAAAGGCUUCAAUGCAGAAAAGGUCAAUGUGUCUUUGGGCGGCCACAGGACGGUGACCUUCCAUUUCUGGGACGUGGGUGGUCAAGAGAAGUUGCGUCCAUUGUGGAAGUCAUACACACGCUGUACCGAUGGAAUUGUAUUCGUGGUGGACUCUGUAGAUGCCGAACGCAUGGAGGAGGCUAAAACGGAGCUCCAUAAGAUCGCCAAGACCGGAGACAACCAGGGAGUGCCACUGCUGGUGGUGGCUAACAAGCAAGACCUGAGGCACUCUCUGAGCCUGGCGGAGAUUGAAAAGGCACUAGCGUUGAAGGAACUGGGCCCUGGCACGCCUUGGCACCUGCAGCCCACCUGUGCCAUCAUAGGAGACGGACUGAAAGAUGGCAUGGAGAGACUCCAUGACAUGAUCCUUAAACGGAGAAAGAUGCUCCGUCAACAGAAGAAAAAGAGAUGAUCAAGGAGGGAACUGAAUCUCUUGUUUUAAAUGAAGGACAAAAAGGAGAUGUUCUCGCACCUGGGUGGAUAUAGGAAUUCUCCCAUAGGAUCGGCACACUGAGUUUUAUCAGUCAAUGUUAAACUAGGUUCUCGUGUCUCAGACAGCAAAGUCUCUUUGCUUCGUCUUCGGUAUUUGUUGCUUUUUAGUGGUUGAGAAAGCACUAUGAAGGUAAAGGAUUGGGUGUUUAUGGAUUUAUAUAGGAAUUUGUAAGUUGUCGUUACAAAGAAUGGUUUUGAUCCUUGAUAUUAGACCAUUAGUAAUGGCUACUUCAAAAUUGAACACCAAAAAUGACAUGUUUGACGAAGAACAGAAAAUAAUUAACUUCUCUCUACAAAGGUUAGUGGGAGGACAACAAAUGUGGUCUUCCUGAAAGGGAACUUUUGAACCUUGUAAAGAGUGCCUAAGCUACUUUUAAAUGUUGUACCUUUUUUGUAAUUUUUUUUUUUACAUGUUUCUUUCCUUCUCAAAAGGAAGGUACAGUCUUGUGCUUUUUGUCUGUCUAGUGUACCUCUACUGUCUGUUUGUUAAUGCACUUUAGAUGACCUUUUUUGAUGGAGUUUACAGCCUUGAGGUUUCCCAAUAUAGCUUAUUACACAAAGAGUUUAGUUGCUUCAGAAGAAGCCAACUACUGGGUCCCUAUUGGCCACAUGGACAAUAGAUGGGAUAUGUGUUUCAUGUUUUCAUCUUUAAUAAAAACCUAAUCUUUGCAGCACUG